AUGUGCAGUUUUAGUUUAUACACGUCGUCAGUGCGUUAUGAUUCAGAUCGGCACUUCAUCCAGUACGUGACCCUGCAGCCCAAGGGUUUGGGUCUGGAGAUGUGCAGCCAGACGGUGUUGGCCCUGCCUCAGAGCACCUGGAGACAUUACAAGACCCAGCUGGAGUUCCAGCCCCGUCAGCGGGUGCAGCGCUACCAGAGCACCACUAUAGUGUACCCCAAACACACCCGGACCUUCUACACCACCCAGCUCAAUUAUGAUGGGCAUAAGCUGACCAAGCGCUUCUUCUCUGCUGUAGAGCUGCAGGCUUCUGAUUGCCAGGCUGGUCUUUGAAAGACACUCGGUCAUCUGUGCCUGACAUUACACCCCCAUAUGUACCAAUUAUAAACCACCGCCUGCAUUCAUCCCAAGUCCCAAGAGGAAAAAAAGGAAACUCGGACUGAAAUUGUUGACAGUUGGAAAGGGGAUCCCUAGACAGAUGUGCAGUUUUAGUUUGUUUUAGGCUGAAGGAG